AUGUUGAGGCGCUGCAGUAUUUCAUUGACAUGUGCUCUAUGGCUCAUCGGGGCACAGGCCAAAUUGACUGAGAGACGAACAAAAUGGGAUGAGAUUGCGACGUCAGCCUGCUCACAUGAGCUUGCAACAUACCCAUGGAAAAGCAGUGAGGGGAGACAUGAUGUGCUCUGCAAGUACGACAUAGCGCUGGGGUCUUGGGUGCUCUGCUCCACUGAAUACUAUAUUACAGAAGCAAAUGGGCGCGAUAAAAAUAUGGUGUUCCAGUGGAUUGAAUCAUUGUGUGCAGCAAAGUGGGAUUCAGACAAUCCUGUGAAUUUGGAUGCAGUGCUGUCAGCGGCGGAGAGCAACGUAGGCAUGAUGCCUAAUAAGGGACAGAAAAUUGACCAUAUUGUGCGAGCCAACGAGGAUAACAUAAAGUUAUGGGUAAUUGCACUUUUCGGACCUGUUGACAACCUUGACAAGAGCACGCUUUUCGCAGUGUUGAUAAAUGGCUAUUGGCUCGCAGUGUUAUUGACCGCCGCAAUUUCGAAAUUUUUUAGGGCUCUAUUUCGCAGCACACAACCUCGCAAAUCGGGUAUUGCGUGGAUCAAAGGACAUAUCACUCUUCCCCCCUUAGUUCAAAGACAUGCUGCUCACUUUGGCCGCAGUGUAUUUGUUGGGCUCAUUCCUACUCGACUGGAAACAUUGGUAAUAGCUGGUUACAUUUGCCUCCAUGUGACGGUUAUGUGCGUUGAAUACCAUUUUGACCCUCUUUCUUUGGUCUCCAGUCUGAAAAUCCAGCAUUUAUUGUUUACUGCAGAUCGUGCAGGUAUAUUAGCUUUCGCGCAUUUGCCAUUCCUUGUGCUCUCAGGCGGACGAAACCAGUUGAUAACCAAAAUAACAGGCAUCAAAUUGAAGACUAUGAUUGGGUUUCAUAAAUGGGCUGGGAGGUUUAUGUUUGUUGACGUGUUAAUUCAUGCUCUUGGGUACUACCUGCACUCUUUAGAGGAGCACUACCUCAAAUACGCGUGGGACAGCCCGGUAUGGCAAUCCGGAAGGGCUGGAGUUUGCGCCUGUGGCAUUUUGAUCUUCUUUUCAUUUUACUUCUUUAGGCGUCGCUUCUACGAAUUGUUCCUGUUUCUGCACUAUUUGAUGGCAGUAAUAUUUAUUUAUGAGUGUUGGAGGCACUGUGGUAAUGUUGGGUGGAUGGAGUGGAUCUAUGUUUCUAUUGGCAUAUGGGUCCUUGAAUUUGUUUUACGAGCUCGCCGAAUUAUAAAGUUCGGAUUUCCUCGUGCUACAAUUGAACUCUCUGGUGACGAGUUCAUUAAAAUAACCGUUCCCAAACUGAAUAGUGAGUGGCAAAGCAAGCCAGGACAAUAUGUCUAUUUGUAUUUCCUCAGAGCUACGAUUUUUUGGCAGUCGCAUCCUUUCAGUAUUUUACACACCACUUCCGAUCCCUCCAGCCAAAACUUGACCUUUGUCAUUACAGCCAAAAAUGGUGUAACAAAAAAGCUUCGAGACAUGGUGAAAGAUGCAGGGACUGAAACUAUCCGUAUAGCUCUAGAAGGUCCAUUUGGAAGCAGCUUGCCCCUUUGGGAUUACGAUAGCGUUUUGUUACUUGGUGGUGGAACGGGGAUAGCCAGCAUGAUAUCGGCCUCUAUGCUCUCUCUACAAGUAGAUAAGACCAGGAAGCCUAUUUGGAAAGUUGUCUGGUCUUUGAAAUCAAAGGAUCUACUGACCCUUUAUGGGCGGGAAAUCUCAGAAUUGAUUGAGAAAGGAAUUGAUGUCCAAGUUUUUUUGACAUCUCAAACUAAAGAAGUCAGCUUCACCGAGAUUGAAAUGACUGAACAAUCAAAAACAAAUGACAAAUUAUUACUAAAUGAUUAUAGGAUUCCAGUUGCAGGCUACAAAAGGCCUGAUAUCAAUAGUAUGAUAGAAGAGUUCAUGAGGCUUGAUGGCUCGUUACUUGUUAUCGGUUGUGGCCCCCCUGCAUUUGUAGACAGCAUAAGAAGUUUGACCUGUGAAAAAAUAAUUGAGAACCCGCUGAAGGUUGUUGAUUAUAAAGAAGAUUAUCAAACAUGGUAG